GGGCAGCUUUGAACGUCAACCACCUCCACAAUGGCGCAGACCACGCUGGACGAAUGGGCGAAAGACCCCGUAGAUCCUGAGAUUCGCGCUCACGUCUACAGCCUCAUUACUGCCCUCGGUGGUAUUGGUGAGGAUGGAACAUAUGCACUCGGAGACAAUGUCCUCGUAUGCCUAAAGGAUCUUCGGAAAUGGCUCAAAUUUGCCGACGGGCAACUGAAUCGACGCGAUGUCGCACGAUGUAUGGCUGAAGCCAACCUGGUCAAAGGUGACCUGCUGGAACUGCUUGCAAAGAUAUCACCUCGGGCAGUGGAAGACAAAUGGAGGCACAAGAUUGCGGUUGCGACACUGGAACUCCUUGUGCCCUUGACAUGGCCGUUCGAGAUCGAUCCCCUCGAAGCAACCGUAAACCAUCACCGACACGGCCCAUACAUCCAACUCGCCCAGAUCGGCUACAAGCGCGCAAUCCUGCAGUUUGAUCGAGACAGAACCCUCCAGACUGCCGUCAAGAUCGCGUUGCCUUCCAUGGCGGUACCCCUUAGAGAGCGGACACCACGAGACGAGGGCAUCAUUCGUAUCGCACUGUACUUUAUCCGGAACGUUGCCAUGCUUGCACCUCCAAACAGUGCGCCCAUGGAUAUCGACGAAGCCGAGGUUUCUCGUUCUACAACAAUCGAUACCUUUCAAGAGCAGGACAUCUUCCAGGUCCUCUUGAGUGUGGCAUCAAGCAUAGGAGAAGACUUCGUUACCCAAGAUGUCAUCAUACUUGAGAUUCUCUUCUUCUUACUCAAGGGUAUAGAUGCCGAGAAGCUAUUCAUGGAAGAUAAAAAGCUCAGCAGCAAGAACGCUGACGAGUUGAAGAACUUGAUCCAGAAAGAGAAGUCGAUGCUUGCCGGGCAUGCCCGCCAUGCACCCACACGGCACAACCGAUUUGGAACCAUGAUCUGGGUGAAGCGAGACGACGAGAAAGUAACAACCAUUUCUGGACAGGACGUGCUUGGUAAAGCGCAGGCUAGCAUGCAGAAAAUGGACGAAACGAAAAAAUGGAACAAGCCCAGACGGCCAGGGCGCAAGACAGAUGGCGAGCAAGAGCGGGAAGAGUUCGACUUGCCAGUACCGCUAACGUCGUCUGCGCGAAAGCACGUCAAAGCUUUUGUUGAAGAGUUCCUCGAUUCAUCCUUCAACCCUCUGUUCUUGCAUCUAAGGAAAGCAAUUGAGCGCGAAACUGAGCGCGUGGAGACGCGGCAUUCACGACAAUUUUUCUAUCUAGUAUCCUGGUUCUUACGGGCAGAAUGCGCACGACGACGUACAAUGAAAGAGAGGGCGGCGGAUCCAAAGAGUUCUGAGGUCCUUACCGCCGAGGAUGAGAGUUACGGUCUGGUCGCAGAAGUCAUGAAUCAGGAGACAUUCAUCCUUCUAAAUCGCUUCAUGCAGAAGAGUCAAGACGAAAAGGCAUGGCGAGACUUGAAUGCUGGACUAAAGUGCUUCACGCAGAUUUUACUCACCGUACACGAGAUGUCCGAAUCUGGGCUCGAGGACGAUCAAGAGAUUGCCGAGAACAUUCAGAAUCGUAUCUUCUACGAAGAGUCAACACACGAACGUAUCGUCAUGAUCUUACGAUGCUACAAAGACCAAGGCUUUGGAUAUCUAGAUGCCGUUACGGAGCUUUCCCACGUCUUCUUACGAAUGCUGGAACGUUACGCGAAACAAAAUGUUGACAUGCAAAUCCGAUCCAAGCGACGAGCCCGAAAAGUCAAGAAGAAGCAAGCACAAGCGCAAGGAGCGGAUGGCGAAGAGGAUGGCCACGUAUCAGAAACAGAAGACAUUCAGCAAGCACAGAAGACUGUUUCGGAACGUAAGUUCGACUUUAUGCGAUUCGCCGCGAAAUUUGUAAAUCAAAGUAGCGUCAACACGUUUGUGGCAUUUGCCAGAUACUUCAACGAGCUCGACACUGAGCAGCUGAAGCGUGCACAUCGGUUUUUCCACCGCGUCGCCUUCAAGAUGGAGCUUGGCGUUCUGCUAUGCCGAGUCGAUAUCCUGCAGCUCUUUAACAAGAUGAUGAAGGGGCCAAGAGGAUUGGACCCUGAGUCCGCUGCUUAUAAAGAGUGGGACGACCUCGUCAAGCAUUUCUUCAAACAAGUAGUCAAGAGGGUUCAGGAACGGCCUGAGCUAGUGGUCGAGAUGCUAUUUAGCAAGAUACCAGCAACUAUUUUCUUCCUUGAGCAUGGCUACGAGCGGGAUCUACCUACCCGAGCACCACGAGCUCCAGCAGAGCUAGAAGUUAGGCCAGGCAUGGAGCAUUCCGACCAGAUUGGUGUCGCUGUUAGCGUGCUUGUCAAUCAAUCGAAAUCGGACGCCCUUCGAUGGGUGCGAGAUGUACUCACAUCGGCAGCAGAAGAACGCAAAGCAUGGGAAGAUGCAGAUGAGGCACGCAGGGCAGUUGCAUCUGCGGAGAAUCCUGAUACAGAAGCACCAACAGAGGCACAAGAUGCGGAAACUCCCAAGCCUCCCUCCAUUCUAAUCAAGCACGACAACGAAGAGCGCCGAAUAGCAAUGUUCAAGGACAACAAACUACGGCUACUCAUGACUCUCGUGGGUUUCACAAGGCUUGGAGAACAUCAUGACCCAGACGCUACGUGGGUGGUUCCUUCAUCCCUCACAUCGGCACAGCUCCAAGAAGCCACUGAUUUGAUCGGCAAGUUUGAGUUCGACCCGCCGAUCUAUGAAGAUGGCAAGGCACCGGAAGACCUCCUCCGAAGUAAAGCAGCUGCAGCGCGGCGCUCAACUCGUCGCGUGGAUUUCGACGAUGAUUCGGACGGCACAGACAAGGAUUCCGAACAGGACCGCGGAGAAUAUGCCCCAGAUGCUCCUACUGCGAGGAAUCCGGACGGUGCGAAGAAGAAGCUCACGCGCCGCAAGCGUGCAAGAACACCUGUUGAGCUAGACGAAGAAGAGCAGAAUCGUAGGGCCGAGGCUCGUCGUAAGAAGGAGCUAGAGAAGCAGGCUAAGGUCAUGCUUAGCACAAUGUAUAUUCACGACUCAGAUGACGAAGACUGGGACGCAGAGAAGGAUACCGCUUUCUUCGCACGAGAACAAGCACUUCGCGACGAGACGGUGACUGCUUUCAAGAAGGUUCUAGCACUUGGAAGCUCAGAACCUGCUACGUCGAAGAAGAGGAAGGCUGAGGAACCGGCGAAGAAGAGCAAACGGCGGAAAUCUCCCCCAAAGCGAAAUGCGCCGUUUAACGAUAGCGAUGAUAGCGACGGCGGCGCUAACGAAGAGGUGGAUGAUGCGCUAAGUCUGGAUAGUAGGGCAUCCUCUGAAGAAGUGCGAGAUGCUCUGGAUGAUGCGAGUGAGAAUGAGGAUGAAGCUACAGACACCCCGCUGUCUUCUCAUCAUGCGGGUGCCGCACAUGGGAGCGAGGAAGAUACUCCACGAAGACCGGCUAAGACCGCGACGAAAGUCCAAGACACCACAAUGGCCGAUGUAGAUGAUAAUGAUGACGAUGACGAUGACGAUGAAGAGGAGGAGGUACACGUCGUUCGAAGACCAGCCGCAAGGAUGAGAGCAGGGUUCGUCAUUGAUAGCGAUUCGGAGUAAACUGUAAUUCAGUUAUGGCAUAGCGAUUGGGUAUGGCUGCAUUGGACGGCGUCUUUGGUUUGCGUUCUUACACAUUGAAUACCCCGUCUAAUGGUUUGUUCUCUUCUCUUUUAAUAACGCUCCACUUGUGAGUGAUGCGCACAAGCAACCACUUGAAUUACUAGCAUCACUGUUACUUAUUCCAUGCGACGAACGUUCUCUUUGAAUCCUUUUUUAGUACUCGUUGUACUUUUGGUCCAGUGAAAGCGUCUUUCUGUCG